AUGUGUGGGGAAAUGGGAAAAGCCGUACUGAGGGCGUUAACAGGCGCCCUGUUAUGCGGUCUUGUGUCCGAUGCUGCCUAUUUACAACAAUACGACCCUUAUUCAGCCAUCCCAUACGAGCAGGCAAUCGUCCGUCCAAAGCCCCUCCGUGAACACGAGAAACCGCAAAACCUCCGCAACGUCCCUGGCUCACCGGGAAUCGACUUCCCGAUAUACCACAAAGUGCCGGAGACGGGCUUUUCUUGCCACCACGUGCCUGUAACACCUGGAAUGUAUGCCAAUGUUGAGACUGGAUGCCAGGCUUAUCACGUGUGUCAUGAUGGCCGCGAAGGAGAUCAAGGAGCUUCAUUUCUAUGUACAAACGGCACCUUAUUCGACCAGGAGAAGUUCACGUGCGACUGGUGGUACAAUGUAGACUGCUCGAGAGCCAUCGACCUGUACAAGUUGAAUGCAGAUCCCCAUCACAAUCCGUUCCUGCCAAAACCGAAGCCUGAAGAAGAGGUGACCCACGACCAAGGAAUCUAUUACAGGGAGAUUUAA